GAAUAGCCAGGUUUUUGCUAACAGCUCAGUUGCUUACCAGAAACAUUAUUGUAAUUAUUUGGUUUGCGGUGGUUUUUUUCCAGCUGUUUAAAAUUAUAAUAUUGUCUUAUUACGUGAAAUAAGUGUAGUUAGUAUUUAUGAGUUACGCUGACACUUAUCUCUAAGACGAAUAGGAUCAUGAAGAACUGGGGUGUGAUCGGAGGCAUCACCGCUGCCAUAGCGGUGGGUGUUUACGUCCUGUGGGGUCCCAACACAGACAGGAAGAAGAGGAGUAAAGGCAUGGUGCCCGGGCUGUUAAACCUGGGAAACACAUGCUUCCUGAACGCUCUGCUGCAGGGUCUGGCAACGUGUCCUUCUCUCAUCAGCUGGCUCCAGAACUUCAGCACCCACAGCACCUCCCGUCUCACAAACACAGAGACAGACGUUCAGAAGACAGACACUGAGACAGACGCUAAGAUGGACACGCAGAGGGACACGCGGGUUUCCCAAACCCUCUUGCAGCUGCUUACAGCUCUGUCCAGUCCCGAACCAAGAGAGAACGAAGUUCUGGAUGCAGGAUGUCUGUUAGAAGCUCUUCGUCUUUACAGAUGGCACAUCAGCUCUUUCGAGGAACAGGACGCUCACGAGCUUUUCCACGUCCUCACGUCGUCCUUGGAGGAGGAGCGUGAGCAGCACCCGAGAGUCGCGCACCUGUUUGACAUGGAGACGCUGGAGAAAUCGGCAGAGGUGAACGAGGACUCUGUUAGAUGUUGGAGCCGAGGGCCUCUGCACCCCAUUCCCAACAUGUGGAGGAUGCAACACCCGUUCCACGGACGCCUAACCAGCUAUAUGGCCUGCAAAUGCUGCGAGCGCCAGAGUCCGGUGCGUUACGAUUCAUUCGACAGCCUCUCGCUCUCCAUUCCUGCUGUUCAGUGGGGUCGACCGAUUACUCUGGAUCAGUGUCUGCAGCAUUUCAUCUCCUCAGAAACCAUUAAAGAGGUGGAGUGUGAGAACUGCACCAAGAAACAGGCUGAGACUAGGGACAGUCAGGCCCUGGAGAGCCAGAGGAGGACAUUCAUAAAGCAACUAAAACUCGGAAAGCUCCCCCAGUGUUUGUGCAUCCACCUGCAGAGACUCACCUGGUCUCCAGAGGGCGCUCCCAUUAAGCGGCACGAGCACGUCCAGUUCUCCGAGUACCUCAGCAUGGACCGGUAUAAACACAGCAGCGCUACACGCAGACUAUGCAAACCCACGGCUGUAGAAACGCGCGACGCAACCCUCGCCAACGGAGUCGCCCCAGAGCACCACAACAACAAUAAGCCGACGUCGAACGGUAGCAUCUCGUCAGUUUUUCUACGUCCCCCUCAGCUCGACCUAGGGCACGUCUUCAGCUCGUCGGAGUACCUGUUCCGGCUGACGGCGGUGCUCGUGCACCACGGCGACACGCACUCGGGGCACUUCGUCACGUACCGCAGAGGCCCGCCGACAUCCAACCCGCAGUGGCUGUGGGUUUCGGACGAGUCCGUGCGCCAGGCCAGCCUGCAGGAGGUCUUCUCCUCCAGAGCAUACCUGCUGUUCUACGAGCGAGUGCGCACUUGAACCGGGUCACCCAGAGAUAGUGUCCGUAUUAGAGAAAGUACAUCGCCUCGUCUUCAGAGCAUGGGGGGGGGCUGGGUGACGCUUCACUAUCUAAAAGAGGACACGCUGAGGACGUGAUGAUCUUCAAAUAGAAACACUAAUACUUUGGACACCCGCUCAGUCAAGGCAAUUAUCCGGUCGGCCGGAUGAGGAGAGACAUCAAGAUCUUCACACGAAGCUAACCUUCUCUACCAGAACAAGGAAAAUGGAAUCUCGGUGUCAGAAAAGCGCCUCAUGAACAUACCAUUUUCAGAUGUGUAAUUGUCUGUGUGGCCUGUAGGUGUGAAAGUGUACUCUUUUGCUGCUGAUAUUAAUAUGCCUUGAGUUUUCGAUGUGCUACGAGAUGCUUUUCUGCUCAGCACGGCUGUCAAGAGUGAUUAUCAGAGGUAAUACUGGAGCAUAACUGUAGCUCGAACAGGUACAUGCUUUACUGAGCUGCAGAAAUGUCAUGUUUUUUGCGGAGUGGGGGGGUGGGGUUGCACCACUUUUGUCGAAAUCUUGAGACCGUUCCACUAAAAUGGGACCUGAAUGUCACCAAGAUCACAUUAGCUGCAACUUGUACUGUAGCUGCACAUUAUUAUUAUCAUUAUCACAUUUUGCCAAUUGGAUUGGAUUUGUCUGGUGGGUCGAGAAGGUUUCCGUCAUUCGAGCUCGUUUGCCUGAUACCGUUUUAAUUACUUUUUUUUACACUGUAUUCCUCGUGGAAGCCAUGAAGUACCUCAAGGGCAGAGCCUCUAUCUUGAACCAGAAUUGACACUGAUUCAAUUUCUAGCGCCACCUUUAACGAAGGAUGCACAGGAUUCCAGAAUUUUCCAUCUCAGGGUGGUUCCAUACACUUGUAUUUGUAAUAUUGUUUUUCUGAGAGAAGGGUAUGGAUGGAUGCCUGGUCAUAGGGUUUCUGCCUCAUUUGUCUCGUCUCGUCUGUUGAUCUUAAAAGUUUUCGAUACAAAAUGCAGGAAGGAAAUGUUUUAAAAUUUUCAAUGCUUCUAUGUGAAACGUCGACGUUUUAGGAAUCAGUGUCUAUGAUUAUUAUUAGCUGCUAAUGGAAGGUGGGCUCGUGGGUGUAUACGCCAUACUGGAUCUCAAAUUCUACGAUCUAGGAUUUUACCUGCCAUUCUAUUUCUCCUCCCUCUCGAUCAUUCGACCCAGAAACAAACAAAAAAAGCAUGUAAACGAGGCGUUCAGUGUUUUUGAGCCGUUCAAUGUAGUAUUGUUCCAAAAACAGUGGUAAUUGUUGGCACAACCAUUUGCACUGAGAUGCUUUUUUUCCCCCAGACAGCUUUCCUUCCCUGUGUGAGAUUUUUAUAAGGGUUUUGAGAUGUUUUGUCAAUAAUAAUUAUGUUAAUAAUGUACAUGUUUAAUAAAUUUCUUAAACACA